AUGGAUCUGCAUCUCGGGCGCAUUGUGCCCGGUGGGCGAGGAGGCGGCUUCCGAGACCCUCCCGACGGUACCUCCCCUCUCCCCAGCUUUGCACCCGCGCCUGUAGAGAUUGACACCAGCCAACCUGACCUGACUGCAGCCUUGCAGGAGAUCCGCACCCAGUACGAGGUCCUCUCCGCUCGGAACCAGCAGUCGGCCGAAGAGUGGUACAAAGCCAAGUUUGCCAGCUUCGCCGAAGAGGUCGCCCGCAGCAGUGACGGCAUCCGCCGAGCCAAGGAGGAACUCUCUGAGUGCCGCCACCAGUUGCAAGCACGCAACGUGGAGAUCGAGACCCUCCGGAGCACCAACCGGUCACUCGAGCGGCAGCUGCAGGAAGCGGAGGAGCGCAGCCACGAGGAGAACCACCACCUGCAGGACACGAUACGCCAGCUGGAAGACGCCUUGAGGACCACGAAGGGAGAGAUGGCGCGUCACCUGCGGGAAUAUCAGGACCUCCUGAACGUGAAAAUGGCCCUUGAUAUUGAAAUAGCGGCAUACAGGAAACUGCUGGAAGGAGGGGAGACCCGCCUGAGCACCAUCAGCGCCGUCAGCAGCAGCAGCAGCCGCAUGCUGGGCUUCAUCAUCCCCUUCUCCUCGAGCCCCCUGUCAGGUUUGAAGGGGUUCUCCAGCAGCACGCUUGCCAUCAGGAAGGACGAGAAAGGAGAAACAGAGGAGCGCCCCCACCACCCUGGAGAUUCAGAGGAGCCCGACGUGGCUGUGGAGGAGGACUCUUCCGGAGACGAGAAGUCAGAAACCAGCCUGGCCAAGGACUAGGCAGGGCUGAAGCUUCUGGCUCUCCCACCAUUUUGUGGAUUAAUUUUAUCUGUGGAUUUUUUGGUUAGAUUUCCACCCUCCUUGACCUCCAGUAAGCUGAAGGCAGGAUCCCUGGUUUUCUUCCUCCCCGUUUGCAUCCCCAGAACAAUCCAUAGGCAGAGAGAGGGAGAUUCAGAGCUCAAGUGGGGAUUUGAACCCGAGUCUCCUGUUCAGUACCCAAAUGGCAACACCAGCAUCCAACUCUGCUCAGUAGGAAUUAUUCCCUGAGAAAUGUAUUGAGGGAUGAAUGAUGAGUCUUCCUGCAUCCCAAGCAUGUGACACGGGUCAUGGGCUUCACCAGCUUCCUUGGUGAAAUGACCCCAGGUGGACAAGGCUCCAAAGGACUGGUUUCUGUUCUUUAACCCCUCCCGAGCCUCUCUGUCUUUGCUUUCCCUUAUCAUCCUUAUCCUCUUGCAUGCAUACAUGAAUGAGUGAGUGAGGUC